AUGGCCAUCAUCGGGCACAAGGAGGAGUUCAGCGAGGACGCGGCGCGGCUCACGCAGAUUGCGCAGGCGGACCCGAUCCCGUGGUACAAGAAGCCCAACCUACGCUUCUGCUACCUGAUCCUGGUGCCGUGCGGGCUGGGCGUCGAGUGGACAUCGGGCUUCGACUCGUCCAUGAUGAACAGCCUGCAGGGCGUCGAGGCGUGGGUCGAGUAUUUUAACAACCCAACGUCGGCGCGGCUGGGCCUGCUCAACGCCAUGUACUCGCUCGGGGCGCUCAUGGCGAUCCCCUUCAUCCCCAGCGUCUCCGCUUUGCUGGGCCGCCGCCGGACCAUCAUCUUCGGGUCGCUCAUCAUGGUGCUCGGGGCGGGCCUCCAGGCGGGCUCGGUCAAGGCGGACAUGUUCCUGGCGUCGCGGUGGACGUUGGGCUUUGGGAUCCCGUUUGCCAUUGUCAACGCGUCGUCGCUGCUGGGCGAGCUCGGAUACGAGAAGGAGCGGCACUUUUUGACGUCGCUCUUCAACGCUUCGUGGUUUGUGGGCGCCAUCGCGGCGGCCGGCACGACGUACGGCACGUUCCAGAUGGCCUCGACGUGGUCCUGGCGCAUCCCUUCGCUGCUGCAGUUCGUGCCGAGCGCGUUCCAGCUCGGCUUCAUGUGGUGGUGCCCCGAAUCGCCGCGGUGGCUCGUCAGCAAGGAUCGCGGCGACGAGGCGCUCGCCAUCCUCCAGCGCUUCCACGCCGAGGGCCCGGACGGGGACGAGUACGUGCGGACCGAGUUUGCGCAGAUCCAGAGCACGCUCGCCACCGAGAAGGAGCUGGCCGCGCGCUUUGUGUGGAUGGACGUCUUCCGCGACGCGCCCAUGCGGCGGCGCUUCCUGCUCGCCUGCGUCGUCGGCUUCUUCACGCAGUGGUCCGGCAACGGGCUGCUGUCCAUCUACAUGAAGAAGAUCCUCAACCUCGUCGGCAUCACGGACCCGCUGACCGUCCAAAAGGUCAUCCUGAGCAACACGUGCUGGGGCCUCAUCAACGCGGUCCCCAUUGCCCUCAUCGCGCCGCGCUUCCGCCGCCGCGUCAUGUUCCUCACCUGCACCAUUGGCACGGCCGCCGUCUACACCGUGUGGACGGUGGCCUCGGCGCGCUACGCCAUGGACGAGACGGCCGCCGCCGCCGGCAUCGCCGUCCUCGUCUUCAUCUACCUCUACUCGCCCUUUUACAACCUCGGCUGGAACGCGCUGACGUACACGUACAUGGUCGAGAUCUUUCCCUUUCAGCAGCGCGCCCAGGGCAUCGCCGUCGAGCAAAUGACGGUCCGCUUCGCCGUCUUCUUCAACACGUACGUCAACCCCAUCGCGCUCGACGCCAUUGGCUGGAAGUACUACAUUGUCUACUGCGUCUGGAUCCUCGUCGAGAUUGCUACUGUGUAUCUGCUCUUCCCCGAGACAAAGGGACGCAGCCUCGAGGAGCUGAGCUUCAUGUUUGAGGACAAGGCCGUGCGCGACAGGGUCGACCACCAGGUGGGCAAGGUGCUGGGCAGCGAGCUGACGGAGGUGGGGGGCCACGAAGAGGGCGGAAGAAUCAUGAAGGCGGGGGAGUGA